AUGUCCUACAUGCCACGUUUUCAUCGAACUAUUAAGGAGGAAGUCGAAAAAAUGAGGUCAGCACUCGCUAGUACCUCCAGCAAUCACACCAAAUCAGCACAACAAAGCUCAGGUACGAAAUAUACCAGCCAUCGCAAUCGGAUGUUAUCAUCAGAUGAUCGAAGUCCAACGGGCAAAGAAAAUUUCGAUCCUAUUUCUCAAUCAACCGCUUCUACCACACAACCCGUUACAGGUGAAUCUGCUGAAGCUGACGAUAAUAAUGGAUCUGAGGAUUCGACAACAAAAACUUUCACUCGUUUAUAA